AUGUAUUCUGAAGAAGGGAGUCGACCUGGUGUACGUCGAUAUAAACCAUAUUUCCGCCGGAGAAGGCCAUAUUCAAGGACUUCAGCGUUAGGUAGACGUUAUGGUAGGCUACGGAGGCGAUCUCCGGCUCGACGCAGAACAUACAGACGCAGACUGGGUCGAAGAAGACCUCUGUCCGACCCGUAUUAUCGAGACUAUGACGCACCAUAUGAUGGUAGAAGAUAUAGAUCUCGUGAAAGAUAUAGAUCAAGACCACGUUCGUCUCGAAGGAGAGAUAGUCGCGAAUAUUAUGCACGAUACAGAGAUGAAGAAUAUCGACCAAGAGAUAGAGAUUACACUGACCCUUUUGCUGGCUAUCCAGAAUAUCGGGACAGAAGAGUUGGUAGGGAUAGAAGGCGUGGUUCUGUUGAUUACAGAGAGGAUAGGCGAAGGAGCACAGGUCGUUCAAGACGUAGGCGGGUUUUUUGA